AUGCAAGCGCUACAAUCUCCCGUCACCGGAGACCAGCUUCUCCUGCCAAAAAGCGGCAGGAAGCCUCUCCAGCCGAGGAACACUCCGGCGACUCCGGUGAACUCCAAUCUUACAAAACUCAAGCCGGUGCAGAAAUGGAUAGGCGUUGACGAUGAUUCGAACAAGGAGAACCGUCCGAUCUACGCGACUCCGACGAAGAUGCUCGAGCCGAUCGACGCGUCCCUGGCGGAGGAGCUGAGCGCAAUCAGGAAGAAGAUGGAGAGGCUGAGAUUGGACAGGGAGAGAACGGAGAAGAUGCUCAAGGAAAGAGAUUUGGUGAUGGAGAUGCAGAUGAAGGAGCUCGAUAGCAGAGGCCAGAUUCAGAAGAUGCUUGAGAUCGAGCUUGAUAGGAUUUACAGGCUGAACCAGCUCCAUACUCGAUCAAUUAGAGUGUCUCCGAUUCGAUCGCUGAGAGAGAAGGAGCAACAAAAGAAGGCCACUGAAAUUGAAACGACACCGCAGGAAGUGACAGCUGAAUAUAUGGAAGAAUCGGUGGAUGAAAACACACCACAGAAGCUGAGUUCUGCUUCGUCCAAUUCCGAAAUCGUUACAGAGAAGACUGACAAGUGA